AAGGAAAGCCAGGCAUAGGCCUUAUAUUUUCCUGAUCUAAGCUCCGGCCCGCAUAGGCCUUAUAUCAAACGCAUUAUUUAAGAAGUUUGAAAACUUUCAUUAAAGUUUCAAGUCCUCCAGUGAUAGGCGUCAAUUCCUGCAUCCUCCACUUUCCCCAUUGUGGAGAGAGGGAGAAGCACCACAACUCAACGGCACCAAGUAUGGAUCUUGGACUGUACAUGGCAGUGACACAGGGAAACGUUCGGGGUUUGAGAGAAAUGGUCGAAAAGGACGAGAAGAUUCUCCAGUCUUCAACUCCCCAAGGCAACACAGCACUCCAUCUGGUAGCAAAAUUAGGACGCAGAGAUUUGGCCGCGGAGAUCCUAGAGAAACGCAGUAGCCUCAUCAUCGUCGAAAACGCCGAGGGCGACACCCCCUUGCAUAUUGCAGCAAGGGCUGGGCACCUGGAAAUCGUGUCGUUGCUGAUCGAUUAUGCCUCCAAAUGGCCAGCCGAUAUAAGGUUGGCAUUGGAGCCAUUAAGGUUGGCCAAUGGAAGAGGUAACACCGCGUUGCAUGAGGCAGUGAAGCACCGGAACAUUGAGGUCGCGUUGAAGCUGUUGGGUGCUGAUCCACCGGCUGGCCAUAUUCUCAACUCUAUGAAGGAGUCGCCUCUCCACAUUGCAGCGAGGGAGGGGUUGGUGAGCAUUGUAAACGAGAUUUUGCAGCAACCAUGGGUAGAAACCAUGGAGGAGAUGGAGCUGGAGGCUGGGACGGGGUCACCUCUGCACCAGGCCGUGCUCGGUGGCCAUGAUAGCAUUGUGGAGACGUUGUUGAGCAAACGGAGCGACUUACUCGAAGUUACGGAUAGCUACGGGGAUAAUGCUCUUCAUUAUGCUGCGCAAAAGGACAAUGCCAAGAUCGUAGAGAUGCUGCUGAAGGAAAAACCUUCGCUCGUCUAUGCCAUAAACUCUAUGAAGAGGUCUCCCCUGCACACAGCCGCCGACUAUGGUUCUACUCACGCAAUCAAAGAGCUGUUGAAAUGUUGUCCGGUCACAAUAGAGCAGGUUGAUUCUGAGGGCAUGAAUGCUCUUCAUGUUGCCGUCAUGAGCGGAAGGUUCAACGCACUGAAGUGCCUAUUGAAGACCAUGGCGUUUGAUGAGAUAAUCAACCAAGGUGACAAAGACGGGAACACUCCUCUUCAUCUGGCUGCAAAGCAUUCUAGGAUACAGUCGUCUAUCUUGCUCAUGAAAGACAAAAGAGUGGAUCCAAGCAUCAAGAAUAAUGAUGGACUCACUGCAAGAAAUUUGGUUGAAUCUCUGGAAAGGCUGGACACAUAUGAGUUGUACAUUUGGAAGAAAUUGAAGAAGCACGAAGCAAAAGUACACAAGAAACAAUGGAAUGACACCGUAAGCAUGUCUCAUCCCCUCAGAAAGAAGAUGUCAAAGGCCGAUGAGCACUACAAAUUAAGUAUAGAGACCUAUACUUUGGUGGCCGCACUCAUCGCAACUGUCACCUUCGCUGCCACCUUCACCAUUCCGGGAGGUUUCCAUCAAACAUACGGUUUCGCCAUACUUGGGAAUCAGGCAGCCUUCAAGGUCUUCGUGAUCUCCAACACUGUGGCCAUGUGUAGCUCCAUUGUGGUUGUGUUCUGCUUCAUAUGGGCAUGGAAGGACCCAGUUCGGUUCAAACUCAAUCAGCUGGCUUGGGGCCAUAGGCUCACUGUGGUUGCAUGCUUGGCGAUGAUCGUGACGUUGAUGUCAGCAGUGUACCUGGUGGUCCAUGAGGAGAGCCUUUGGUUGGCUAUUGUGGUGAUGUUCAUUGGUUGCAGCGCUCCAAUACUUGUUCUGGCCAUACUGGGCAAAGAUGUUCUCUUCAUCCCACUGUGAGGAGAUUUGAUUGCUUUUGAUGCAGGGGAGUUUGUAGAGAUCAUUGUAUUGUAGUAUUUUGAUGGGAGCCUCAUGAACUUGGGGUCGACGUUCCUUCCUGCCUGUUUUUGGGCUUGCUGGGCCUAGGGUUGCUCCCGUUCCUGUGAUCUGUUGGACUGGUUCCGAGGCCCACUGUAGUUACAAUUUUCUGUGAAAACAU